AUGUUGGGUCUCCUCUUGGUGUACUAUGGCGUGCUGGUCGGCUCAGUCCUGGCUGGUCCAGGAUUCUCCGGCAAGACCGAAGUGUCGGCCUACUUUGCUUCGUGAGUUACGAUGGGAGUCCGAGUCCCAAGGAGCUCGAUCGCGCCGUGAGACGACUCUUGACGUCGCGAUUGAACGAUCAGCUGAUGCAUUACAUCCUGCCUUCCCCAACCAACAGCUACAACAUGUUACCCUCCGAAGUCCCCUAUUCACGCUACACGCACCUCAACUACUUCGUCUUUGAAACCACGGCCGAGCCGACGAGUCUCAGUCGAGCCGGGAUUAGUUCGUCGGUCGUGACCGAUUUUGUGACGCGUGCCCAUGCGGCCAAGAUCAAGGUCUCGUAUACGGUCGGUGGGUGGACGGGAUCAAAGUGAGUUGUUUGACUGUAUUUCAGGGGCUUUGAAAGUGUUCGGGACUUCCACGAGGGGCCUGGACGGGCAUCCCGUAGUGCGAGUGUUAGAUCACGUGAUUGACCCGUUCGAAUCAUUCCUGACCUUCCCUCAUCCGGCCAAUCUUCGUUCGACGCGCUUGGCUCGCGGUACACUCCCUCCCCACCUCUCUCACUCGGCGGCUUGUCGGCGGGCCCUGUCUUCGGCACCACGCAGAUACUUCUCCCAACACGCCUCCAACAGCCGUACCGUAUUCGCGCAAACUCUCGUCAACACGAUGAAUCAAUACGGCUUCGAUGGCAUCGACCUUGACUGGGAAUUUCCCGGCGUCCAAGGGAUCGGGGACAAUCUCGUCCAAAAACGUGAUUCGGACAAUUUGCUCCGCCUGCUACAAACGAUCCGCAAAUCAGCGCCUUCGGCUCGCAUCUCCCUCGCUGUGCCUGCGACGGGGUUACAGGGGCCUAAUGGUCCUUUGAAUGAUUUGACGAGUUGGCUCCCUUCGUUCGAUUACCUGACCAUCAUGACGUACAAUAUUUUCGGCACAUGGGGUUCAACGACGGGACCGAAUUCGCCGCUCAGUUCAUCGUGCGCGCCCAGUGAUAUCCCCUAUUCGAUCGAAUCCUCCGUGAAGCACUACAAGAGUCUCAAAGUCCCAGCGAACCGAAUCCUCCUCGGGUUCCCAUCCUAUUCGUACGCUUAUACAGUCGACUACGGUCUACUCCCAAAAAAAUGUCCCGACGGAUCCACGUCCUACGCCUAUCAACCCAAAUCGACGACCACGACCUGCGGGAAUUGGAUCGGUACCCCAACACCAAAUCAAUACACCUAUCGCGAACUGAGCGACCAAGGUUAUCUCACACCCUUGGGAAGUUCAGGUUUCAAUUUCUCCGUCGUCGAUCGAGCGAGUCAAACGAGGGUGAUUUAUAAUCCUUCUACUAAAGUGUUGGUCGAAACGGAGGAUCCGACGACAGCGAGAGUGAAGGGGACUUGGAUUAAGAAUCAAGGUUUGGCGGGGGUCAACAUGUUUGAUUUGAAGGGGGAUGAUACCAAGGCGAGUUUGAUCACCGCUGUGAGGAGAGGGUUGGGGUUGAGGUGA